AUGUUUAUUUUCAAAGGGUUCGAAGCGUAUAUAUUCAACGCGUCGGAGCACUCAAACCAGAUUUCUGAAGCUCUCAAACUCUGGCUUACACCUGGGAUUUUACUCCGAGACCAUUUUCUGCACUGGGACAACUUCAAUCAACUCCAGAACCGAGACAUCUCUACCAUCAUCCCUGCACCGAGACAUCUCUAUCAUCAUCAUCCCUGCACCGAGACAUCUCUAUCAGCAUCAUCCCCGCACCGAGACAUCUCUAUCAUCAUCAUCCCCGCAUCGAGACAUCUCUACCAUCAUCCCUGCACUUGUGCCUUCUCAGCGAUGAUCUUCAGGAGGGACGAAGCGCCGCAGCUCCAGGAGGUCGAUCCUGAGACCGGAAUGAGUGGACUGCCGGACAGCAAUGGAACAUGGAGGGAGGAAACUGUGGUGGAUGUGCACCGGGGGAGGAGGAGACGGAGGGAGCAGGUGAGUGAUGAAGAGGACAACACUGAAGAGGCCCGUCCCCGUAGAAGACAGCGAGCGGAGUAUGAUGAUGCUGUCGAUGAGCUGAUCGACUUCGUUAGUUUGGAGAGGAGCUCGUCCUGUUCCUGGCAAGUAUUCCCUACAUUGGAGUUCAUUCCAUCUGCAGAUGCUCCCUCCAGCAGUGAGCAUUUCUGGUGGAGGAUGAUGAUGAGGGAGCAGAUGAAUGAUGAAGAGGACAACGAUGAAGAGGCCCCUCCUCUUCAUGUGGAGCAGGAAGAUGACAACGGCUCACCCCCUUUGUGGAGCUUAUUCCCAGCUUUGGCGUGCAUUCACAACAUGCAACAGCACUCUAGUAGUGAACAUUUCAGGGGGAGGAAGAGACAGAGGGAGCAGAUGACUGAAGAGGACAUUGUUGAAGAGGCCCCUCCCAGAAGAAGGCGGCGUGUGGAGCAACAGGAUGAUGACCAUGAGUUGUCUGAGCUCACUUAUUUGGAGAAGAGCUCAUACACCUUGUCCCUUAGAUUGGACAUGGGAAUGUCUUUAUCAGCAUGGCCAUAGUAAUUCUGGACCCAGCUGGAAUUAUUUCCAUUUCCAUUCCCAUCCAAUUUCUAGUUAUAUUAUUAUUAUUAUUAUUAUUAUUAUUAUUAUUAUUAACUACUAGCUUUUAAGCUACCAUGAGGUAAACUGCAGUAUUAGGAUCUUUAAAAAUCUUUGGAAAAUAUUUCAGUUCUAGGCUCCAGCAUUAGUCUUUUUUUAUUUUUAUUUUUUAAAUGUGUGGUAAGUAUUUCACAUCUAGGUUCUAGCAUUAGCCAUUUUUUAAAGUGAGGUGAGUAUUUUAUCCUUUCUAAUCAUGAGGUAUGGUAAGUAUUACCUUGAUACCUUAUCUUAUGUUCUGUUGUCUUAGGGUUGGCCAGCCCACUUUCUUCCAUUGCUCCAUGGUCCAGUUCUGAUGCUCACAUGCCCAUUGAAGGCAUUUUCGGCAGUGGACAGGGGUCAGCGUGGGCACUCUGACCAGUCUGCGGCUGUGUAGCUCUUCUGUGGGUUCGGACCAGACGACCUAGCCUUCGCUCCCCACAAACAUCAGUGAGCUUUGGGUGCCCGUGGCCUUGUCGCCGGUUCACUGGUCGUCUUUCCAUGGACCACUUUUGGUCCACUGCAUACCGAGAGCACCUCACAAGGCCUGCCAUUUUGGAGAUACUCUGACCCAGUCGUCUAGCCAUCACAAUUUGGUCCUUGUCUUAGUCGCUCAGAUCCUUACGCUUGCCCAUUUGUCCUGUUUCCAACACAUCAACUUGCUGUCUAAUAUAUCCCACCUCUUGACAGGUGCCAUUGUAAUGAAUUCAGUAUUAUUCACUUCCUGUCAGUCAGUCUACUGUAUAUGUUUGUAUUCACCUGAUUUUAAAUCCUAACGGUAAAAUAUAUAAAAUCUCUACUGUCAUAAAAGCUACAAAAAUAUCAGUUGCUACAUAGGCUAAAGACUGACAUCAAAUCUGUGUUAAAUGUAUAGGCUUUGUUAAUAAACUAUUUAUUAAUUAAUGAUUGCUUUAUUGCAUUUUUUUAAAUAACCAAUAGUUUGAAAUAAUCAAUAAAUGACAAUUAUUUUUCGUGCAAAACAAAUGUCUCAAGUGUCUUUCUUAUAACACUUUAAGCACUUCUCAUUGGUUCAUCAUAUAAUUACACUGUAGAAAUACACCUUCAGUUGAAAUCUUGGCGUUAUUUGCACUGUUUUCCUCCCACAAGUAUUUAAUAACAGACAUUGUUUAAAUUCUAAUAAGCAAAAAUAUUCCAACCUGUCA